AUGGCUAAGGUGAAGAAGGAAUUAACGAGUGAGCAGCGGGUUCGAAUAAAGGCCCUUUUUGAUGCUGGCUGGAGUUACCGCCGCAUAGCCAAGGACUUGAGAUGCAGUCCAAGCACUGUAAAGUACACUUUAGACCGCCAUGAUGCCACCAAUUCACACCAGAACCGAAAGGGGAGAGGUAGAAAAAGAAACUUUCUGACAGACAAGUGA